CAGCGAGCAAUAAAGAAGAAAGAGCAAAAAAAAAAAAAAAAAAAAGUAGAGACAAACAAAGAGACACGACCUCGUCGUCAUCCUCAUCAUCAUCAUCGAUCACCGAUCACCAUCACAAAUCGAUCUCUCUCUCUCUCUCUCUCACAUCUUCUUCUUCCUUCACAAGUAACAUUUUUGGCUCGUUUGAACCAGAAAGAUGUCUCCAGCGUCAAAAUCCAAGUCUAAAUCCAAGAGUAAGCCCUCUGCAGGGGCAACCAAGGAACAACAGAAGACUUCUUCUAAGCCUUCUGGAUCUAGCAACACUGGGGGUGGUAAUCCAGCAAGUGCUUACAAUCCAGUCUCUGGAACAUUCCAUUCCAUUGAAACAUCAUCUGCUGCCACUUCGCCACCUUUUCAUGACAAUGGUCGUUAUUGUAAUAUAGAUGAUACAGAUGAACAUUCUAGUAGCCCUCAUGGAACGGUAUCGGAGUAUGACUCAAUUUCCAACAAUGGCAGCUGCUCUGGUGAGUCUGAAGACCCAAAAGAUAAAAUAGCUCAUUCUACUCCAAGGCAAGAGGCAGUUCCUGGUUCUGACAAUGACAGACGAGAGAAGAUCCGUCUGAAAAAUGAGAGGAAGCACCAGCGGCAGAGAGAAAGGCGGGCACAAGAGUUGCACGACCGUUGCAAUGGCUAUCUCAUGUCAAGAAAGCUGGAAGCACUAUCUCAGCAGCUUGUGGCAAUGGGGUUCCCUUCUGAACGGGCAACGUUGGCUCUGAUGUUGAAUGAGGGCAAGGUAGAGGAAUCAGUCACCUGGCUUUUUGAGAGAAAUGAAGAAGAAAAUCACCAAAAUGAUAAUACGAACCUUGGAAGUCAGGCCAAUUUGAAGAUUGAUAUUAGUGAAGAGCUUGCUCGGAUUUCAGCGUUAGAGGUGAGAUACAAAUGCUCAAAGCAAGAGGUUGAAAGAGCUGUUGUUACUUUUGAAGGUGAUCUUGAUAAGGCAGAAGAUACAUUGAGAACACAGAAGCAGGAAGAGCAUGCUACUAUGUCAAAGCCAGAGGAAACGGCUGGAACAAGGAACCUGAUAAGACCACAAGAAAUGCCUGUAGCUUCAGUUAUAAUACAGCAAAGAAGAAUUGAAAGGGAUUAUAACUACCCCCAGACAGCUAUGGCAGUGCCAGCAUUUUCAGAUCCUGGGAAUAGGAACCUACAGAUUUUAAAGGCAAAUCAUCUGAAGGCACUGGCAGAGAAGAGGUGGCUUGCUAUGGGAGCAAGCCAUUCUGCUCCAUUGAAUUUGGCACCACCUAUGCAAGUAGCACCUCCUUCAGCAAAAGUGGAGUCACGACUUAGUGUUGUUGGAAAUGAUGGAAGAAUAAUGCAGCAAGGAGCAGUGAGGGAGCCAGUGGUUGUGAUGCAGCGCCCCCAGUCCAUAAAUGCGAAGCAAAACCCUGUUUCUAGCAUUAGCGCGUCAGCAUCAGGAGCAGUUCCAUGGUAUGCAAGCAGUGUUCCAGGUGUUGACAACAUAAGGUCAAAUGGGAAACUCAUGCAAAAUCAGAGUGCAGGGAUCUUUGGUCCGGAAAAUCAGCGAUCAGAGCAAUUCUACCAUCAAGCUCCUUAUAAAGAAUAUCCACUCAUGUUUGGGCCGGUGGAUUCCACAUCAGCUGGCCUGGGGGGCUCAUGGAGCACAAUGGGUGCGUCUUCACCUUCACACUCAGUUCCUUCUGAGCCUCGAGGUUCAUGGAACACAAUGGGUGCAUCUUCACAUUCACUUACAGUUCCAUCCUCCCUCGGGCUGUUUUCUGGUCAGGGUUCAGCAGGAACAUUUGGCUCACCUGCACAUGUGGAUUGGAAUACGGGGGGGUUGAUGCCUGAAUUGGACUAUACCAGUAUAGAUUGGACUUUGGAUUACCCAUCAUCUGCCAAAUCAAAUGGACUAUGGCUGGGGCUUUCUUCAUUUUUGAGGAAUAGUUCAGGCAUGAGACUGGGCAGUACAAAUGGCAAAUUCAUAUCGGAUGGUGGAGUGGCUGCAGAAACAUCAUCUUCUGCUGGUUUGAAUGAGUGGACAUCUCCCUUUGCAGGCAAGGACAUCUUCAGUGCACCCAGGCAGUUUGUUUCUUCUCCAUCUCCUUAGGACUAGGAAUAUGACUUUGGAGCAAAAGGAGAAAAUGUAAACAGAUGUGGUUGGUUUGGGAUGGCUGUGUUGAUGGUUGUUUCUGGUUUACUAAUGAAAAUGCAUCUGCUAGUUUCUGGCUUA